GCUUCAGGCCGGGGUAGAGAUCGGCAGGGAGGGCGCAGAGCCAAGGCGCGGCGGAUCGUGCGGACGGGCAUCGCGUGGCAGUCAGAGUGUUUUUUUAGCUGGUGUGUGAGACGUAACGUGAGGACAGCAUGAAGUACCUUCUUGUUUGCCUGCUGCUUGUCGGCAGCGUGUUCGCUGAUGACGAUGACAAAAAGGAAAAUGUGGGGACCGUUGUUGGCAUCGACCUGGGAACCACAUACUCCUGCGUUGGUGUCUUCAAGAACGGGCGUGUGGAGAUCAUUGCCAAUGACCAGGGCAACAGAAUUACUCCCUCCUACGUGGCCUUCACUCCAGAAGGAGAACGUCUUAUUGGGGAUGCAGCUAAGAACCAGCUGACCUCCAACCCGGAGAAUACAGUUUUUGAUGCCAAACGUCUCAUUGGGAGAACGUGGAAUGACCCUUCCGUGCAGCAGGAUGUCAAAUACCUGCCUUUCAAGGUAAUUGAAAAGAAGUCGAAACCUUAUAUUCAGGUUGAUAUUGGAGGAGGACAAAUGAAGACGUUUGCCCCUGAAGAAAUUUCAGCUAUGGUUCUGACGAAGAUGAAGGAGACUGCCGAGGCCUACUUGGGAAAGAAGGUUACUCACGCUGUCGUCACCGUACCAGCUUACUUCAAUGACGCCCAGCGCCAGGCCACGAAGGAUGCAGGCACCAUUGCUGGAUUGAACGUCAUGAGAAUCAUCAAUGAACCUACUGCUGCUGCUAUCGCUUAUGGCUUGGACAAGAGAGAAGGCGAGAAGAACAUCCUUGUCUUUGAUUUGGGGGGCGGGACCUUCGACGUCUCCCUCCUCACCAUCGACAACGGCGUCUUUGAAGUCGUGGCUACCAACGGCGACACUCACCUGGGUGGGGAAGACUUUGACCAGCGGGUGAUGGAGCACUUCAUUAAGCUGUACAAGAAGAAAACCGGGAAGGACGUCCGCAAGGACAACCGAGCCGUUCAGAAGCUCCGACGAGAAGUGGAGAAAGCCAAGAGAGCCCUCUCCUCUCAGCACCAGUCCAGGAUUGAGAUUGAGUCCUUUUUUGAAGGAGAAGACUUAUCUGAAACCUUGACCAGGGCCAAAUUCGAAGAAUUGAACAUGGAUCUCUUCCGUUCCACCAUGAAGCCUGUCCAGAAAGUCCUGGAGGAUGCAGACCUCAAGAAGUCAGACAUUGAUGAAAUCGUGCUGGUGGGUGGCUCAACCCGAAUCCCCAAGAUUCAGCAGCUGGUGAAGGAAUUUUUCAACGGCAAGGAGCCCUCUCGGGGCAUCAACCCGGACGAGGCUGUGGCUUAUGGUGCUGCCGUCCAAGCUGGUGUUCUCUCAGGAGUGGAAGAUACUGGUGACCUGGUGCUCCUCGACGUCUGCCCUCUAACUCUGGGCAUUGAGACGGUCGGCGGAGUCAUGACCAAGCUCAUCCCAAGGAACACGGUUGUCCCCACCAAGAAGUCGCAGAUCUUCUCCACUGCUUCCGAUAACCAGCCGACGGUGACAAUCAAAGUCUGUGAAGGAGAGCGUCCUCUCACAAAGGAUAACCAUCUGCUGGGGACCUUUGACCUGACUGGCAUCCCUCCCGCUCCCCGGGGCGUCCCCCAGAUUGAGGUCACCUUUGAGAUCGACGUGAACGGGAUCCUUCGCGUCACCGCUGAGGACAAAGGCACAGGCAACAAGAACAAGAUCACCAUCACCAACGACCAGAACCGCCUGACGCCGGAAGAGAUCGAGAGGAUGGUGACCGACGCGGAGAAAUUUGCCGAGGAAGACAAGAAGCUGAAAGAGCGGAUCGAUGCCCGGAACGAACUGGAAAGCUACGCCUACUCGCUGAAAAACCAGAUCGGGGAUAAGGAGAAGCUGGGUGGCAAGUUGUCGUCGGAAGACAAAGAGACGAUGGAGAAGGCCGUGGAGGAGAAGAUUGAAUGGCUCGAGAGCCACCAAGAUGCCGACAUCGAAGACUUCAAAGCUCAAAAGAAGGAGCUGGAAGAGGUGGUCCAGCCCAUCGUGGGCAAGCUCUAUGGCAGCGCAGGGCCCCCACCCCCCGGCGAGGAGGAGGAAGCGGCGGGGGAGAAGGAUGAAUUGUAGGCCGUGGCUUCCUGAACGUUGGACACGCUGUAAAUAUUGGACUCUGAACUUUUGUUUAAACUAUUGAACUCUAGAUCUGGAAUGUGACCAGAAUCUUCACUCAAGUGGAGUUGGAAAUGCUAGCCCGAAGUGGCUGUUUACUGCUUUUCGUUAGCAGUUGAUAAAUGUCCGGGCGGGGGGGU